AUGAGCGUCUUGCUCACAAUUCUGUUGAGAAUUGCCGCCGAGGCAAACGGGCUAUUGAGAAGGGUGGCGCAUCGCGGCCGGCGCCCUAGUCUUCUGGAGCGCACUUUCGAGCUCCAGGAGAACCCUUUGGAGCCGCACGGAUACGAGGACCGGCGGUGGCCGCAAAGGACGGAGGAGGCGACGGAGCGCCAAGGUACGCGAGAGGAGGCGGAGGCGACGGAGGAGGGGCGACGAGCUGACGUGCUGGUGAGUUUCUUGAAAGAAAAAUAUUUUUAAAAAAAGUAAAGCUUUCGGUACAAAGAAGUCCCUUUGAUCUGCUGCACAGUGGAACAAGGAACAUUUUGCUCAAAGCUCUAAUCAAACAGACUUCUGAGGCCGGAAGACGGUCCGACCAAACAAGAGGGUCGUACUCCAGCUCCACCGGACCGUUUUAUGUGAGACUCGGACAGUCUCAUGUAAAACGGACGUCUGAAGAUGGAAUACUGUCAAGCUGGGGCGGGCCAGAAAGAUGCCACCCCAAAAAGAGUCUAUCGAACUGGAACUCUGUUCCGAUAGUUUCCCAUUUGGUGCGGCACCGUGAAAAAGAGACUUACGACUGACCGAUCGCUUUGCAGGAGUCGACGUUCAAGGAGCAGGAGUGGCAGUGCGGGUGCUGCUCCGCUCGGAUCGUCGACGAACCGGAGGGGAUCGUGGCGCACAUGCGGGACCACCAGGAGACCGCCGCCGUUCUCCACUCGUUCAUAGUGGAGUUCAUGACGAGGGAGAACGGGCGGCGCGGCGGUUUCCAUCAACUCCACCGCGUGAUGCACGGUCUCACACGGCAGCACGGGCUCAGUUGCCCUUCCGACGUGAGUGCCUGAAAACAGAGAUUUUGUAGGAACAAGCAAAAACGUUAUGCAUUUUGGAGAGAACGAGAUGAAAAGAAACUGUUUAGAGACAAGUUAAUGUGAAUUUUACGUUCUUUUGCAGGUGGCCCGUGCCUACCUCGAGCGGACCGUCGAGGCCCAGAGAGAAAAGGAAAGGGAGGCGGCCGCCGAAAGAGCCGCCACGGAGAACGAGCUGCGACAGAGGCAGCGGGCGCUCGAGGAGAGAUUGGAGGCCCUGGCGGCCGAACGGAACGAGCGAGUCGAUCGGGAGAGGACCGCGGCCGUCAGGGAGGAGGAACUCAAUGCUCGGCACCAGGUAUUCGUCGCCAGUGCUCUUGUUCGACCGACUCCGCUCAAUGUCGGAGUCCUGAACAGGACGAACCGGAAGAGGGUAAGCAAUGCCGAUACCGGUAUUUCGAGCUGCAAUUUUUGUUUUUUUUAGAAGAGAACCCGAUGCUCAGCGCCAGCGCCCGGUCGGCAGCAGAUCGUGUUCGGAAACCUUGAGUUCCAAAUCGAUCCGUCGGACGACGAGUUCCGAGCAGGGGUGUGCGGAAAAUUUUUUUCGGAAAAUUUCGGAAAAUCGGUUUUUCCGAAUUUUUUUUUUCGGAAAAUUUCGGAAAAUCGGGUUUUCCGAAUUUUUUUUUUCGGAAAAUUUCGGAAAAAUCGGAAAAAUCGGAAAACUCACUUGUUCAUUGGUUCAAUAAAGUGUUUAAACAACGUUCUAAUACAAAAAAAUGCUUAUUAUGAUUUGAAAUCACUUGAGUGGGCGGAAGCCAAGCAAUGGAAUAUUUUUUUGCAAAAAAAGUAGCCGAGAGAAGCUCUACGGGUCCAGUGUUUUCCGAUUGUCAGUGAGAAUCAGGGGUGUGCGGAAAAUAUUUCGAUUUUUCCGAAAUUUUUCCGAUUUUUCCGAGAAAUUUUUCGGAAAAAAAGACGCUCGCUGCUAGACCCUUCCAAAAAUUUUGUGAUGCGCCUUUAAAAAGCAUACGGUGGUUUCGGACAAACUAACCUUGAAUCCACACUAAUUUUCCGAAAAUUUUGCCGAACAUUUUCGGAAAAUCGGAAAAUUUCGGAAAAUCGAAAUAUUUUCCGCACACCCCUGGUUCCGAGCACGAAUCGGCGACAUACUGGGCCGACUUGGGUAAGAUUUCAUGAUUUCAAGCGCCAAAAACCGACUAAACACUCAUUAUUUAUAGAAUCGAUUUGGAUUGGGACGCGGCAACGUUCCCGAACGCCUCGCGGGGACGGCAACACCCGAUCUCUCCAAUCUUCUGGACCAUCGUGGAGGUUCCGAAAGCAGUGGCGGAGAAGAUCGGGCGGGCCGUCGCAGAACACCUGGACAGCUUCAAUCAGCUGGAGUACGGCAAUAACGUAGAGGUUUGUUUAUUUCUCGAAAAGAGAAUGUCAGUUUUUUUGACCACGAAGCUUUGCAGCAGUACGUCAUUGUCGAGCUCCACGACACAAAGGAGUCGCGGACCAGGGACGCAUUUCUGCACGCCGCCGCCAGCAACUUCAGGAUGAUGUACCGUCACGACCGAAACUGCUCCGUCACCGUCUGCCACAAACAUCUACUGGUGACGAGAGACGGUUCAGUCCUCGAGAGGCUGUCCGUGAAGGACAUCAAGGACAAGUUCGCGGCCAACUUCGAUGCGAUCAUGCGGAGCAUUCACCCAACCCAGAGGUCAGGUGUCAAAAAUGCUCCUCCAAUGAGAGGAUUCGCCUCGCUAUUUUUUUAAUCAUUCUGGAAUAUAUUGAUUUUUGAAAGUUUUAUCGUUUAAUGAAUGUUUUAUGAGUCAGACUCCGUACUCAUCGCAUUCUCACGUUGAAAGCUCAUGGCACCGCAACGCAAAAAGAACAUGAAAAAAAUUAUAAGGAAACCGAAAAAAACGAAAGUUACUUUUGAAACUAAUGCGAUUGAAUUGAAAGAGAUUCGAGAUAGACAACUUUUUUUUUUUUUUUUUGAACGACUGAGCUCCGGAAUUCUCGGAAUGAUCUGAGCGUUGCGGAUAGCGCUCAUUUCGGCGACGAACAUAAUGAACGCAUGUCUGUCCGGAAGGGAGACUCCGACUUUGAUGUCGGAUGCCAGAAGCUGCUGGAAGGAUAACGCAACGUCGACGUCAUCCGAUGCCAUGGCGGAAAACAAGUUAGUGAAAAAAUGAAAAAUUGAAAAGAGUGAAGCCAAAAUCGAAAGAUACCGGGUGGAGGUCAAAGACUCUUUGGAAAUGCGCCUUUAAAAAGACCUACUGUAGAAGCUGGCAAUUGCAAACUUAUUGAACACUUUUUCAGCGCAAAUUCACAAUUCUAUUUGCAUUUGUUAAUUUUUUCCAGAAAAUCCGUUCAAACGUCAUCAAUUUUCAUCAAAUACUUGAUGACUACAGCCAACUAACACGUUGACGACCGAAAUGUGAGUCAAUUUCCUCGUAAAAUGUAUCUCACGGUCUCCAGAGCUUACAAUAUGGGCGUGGCCUCGGCCAAAAGGCGUUUUCAUGAAUUGAGCAGGUUUUCUCUGAUUUUUGUGGUCAAAGGCGAUGAAAAAUGAUUGUACGACAUGAAAACACACUAAUUCUCAGAAUUAAUGACGUUUUGGCGCAUUUUUCGCGGACUUUGCUUUUUCGCCUUCGCCGCCGAUAGCCGCCGAUCGUUGCCUCAAAACAGCACUUCUCAUUUUGCGCUUUCUUGACCGUUUUCAGACAGAAUUAGUUUUGAGAGCGAUAAAUCACGUAAAUACAAGCAUUUUGAGCGCUCGAACCGCGAAAACUACCGAAAAGCAACUGAAAUUCACGCAGUUUUAACCAAAAACCUUCAAACGGAUAAAUGUGAUUUGCGACUAGACCAAGAUUAACGUUCUUGCUCUUAAAAAAUUCCUAAUAGCCUAUACAAUCGGUCUAUCGAGAGACAGAGCAGUUCAUCCAUCCGUGACGCACCUCACAUAUCGAGUAGACCUAACAGACUACACACUCAUAAACCUACCAGACUACACAUUCAUAAUCCUAACAGACUACACACAGAAAUGGAGGGAAAGGGCCGUUUUGAUUUACUCGAUAUGUGAGGAGUAUAAAAGGGCCCCCGUGGGAAAGAGUAUAAAAGGGCCCCCGUGGGAAAGAAUAGCCAUUCAUUCGGACAUACCGACUUGGCGGACGGUCGGAUCGUCUCGUUCUGCCCGCGUUUUGGGCGGGCGGACUUUCCAGACCCUCUGCUAAUCGAUAUCGAUCCGAUAUUUUUCCACUUGUUCUUUCUCCCCUUUCUCUCCGUUACUUCAUUUUCUCUUUCAUAUGUCAAGUCCAUACGGAAGUGAAGUGCACUCUAUUCCGAAGCUAUUUCAGCUGUGAUCUCUGUAAAGUUCCUUUCUUAUCCGACAAAAGUUGCAUUAAUUUCAUUUUGCUUCUAAAUGCUCACAGGAUAUCACAUUUGGGAGAGUUUCUGAAAAAACUGCGCUGAACUCUCGGAUGCCUCUAUAUGUAGUAGAAACAAACCGUCCUGUUAUUCCUAUGUAUUUUGUGAAAACCGGAACACAUGCUCACUUUUUUUGUCGUUCAGAUCGGUGCUCAAUGAGUUGGGCAUAGUGUAGGGAGUGUGGCAAACAGUAAAAAAAUUGCGUACAUUUCUGAGUAAUUCUCUUCUCCCUGCGAUCAAUUUUAAACAAAAAUCUUGCCUACCAGUGGUGUCUUUUUCGAAUUAAUAGAACUUUUAUGUGACUACAAUAGCUUAGAAGAGGUGUAUUCCUCAGGGAGUAUCCGUCUGUACGUCCUUCUCUGAGUAGGGCCACAGCGGUGACCUUCGUGACGUGAUUUGCCCCGUCACGGAGGAAAAAUCACCGCCCCCACCUUGCACGUGGCGUGGUUGACCCCCUUCUCUACGGGGCGGCGGCUCUGCGGACCGUGGGUACUUGAUGCGGAGUUGCACGGUCCUUACGGAUCAGAUCCCUUCAAGUGACCCUAACGAUAACUUCUUGAAGGAAGCCUGAGAUGAGAGGGAUGUGGGCAGACAGAGACGGGCACUCUUUGGGGUUAACCUCUUGCGCGCAUAUGACUUACAUGUUAGAAUUUUAGUUAGUAGAAGAAACUGCCACACCCUACUUAAACUCUCUCUCUCUCUCUCUCUUCUCUCGCUACGUCGGACACGAGAACCGACAAGGAUCUUCGGAAGGCGAGGAAUAGUCAAGAAACUUCCCACUCUUGAUGCAAGCAGUGACUGCCACUUUUCGAAGUGUCAGUCAUUAGGAUCUGAUAGAGUAGGAGGGAGGCGCAUUCCGCCGAGCACUUUGUGAGUUUGCAAGCAGAAUAAGAACCAUAACAAUUGAAUGUUUCAGACGUGCACAGGUGUGUCAAUUCUCGCGUUAUACGCACAAAUCGGCCUGUACGAGGAGGAGCGGGUAAAGCUGUACCAGCAAUUGGACGAGAAGAACGACGAGAUCCAGAAGGUGUCGCAGGAGCUCGAGAAGCUCCGACAGCAGGUGCUUCUGCAAGAGGAGGCACUGCAGACGAUGCUCGAGAACGAGGAGAUCAUCCGCGAAGAGAACUCGCGCAUUCAGAAAGAGGCCGACGACAAGCAGCAGGAGGGCAAGGAGAUGAUGACGAAGAAGUCAAGAAACUUCCCACUCUUGAUGCAAGCAGUGACUGCCACUUUUCGAAGUGUCAGUCAUUAGGAUCUGAUAGAGUAGGAGGGAGGCGCAUUCCGCCGAGCACUUUGUGAGUUUGCAAGCAGAAUAAGAACCAUAACAAUUGAAUGUUUCAGACGUGCACAGGUGUGUCAAUUCUCGCGUUACACGCACAAAUCGGCCUGUACGAGGAGGAGCGGGUAAAGCUGUACCAGAAAUUGGACGAGAAGGACGACGAGAUCCAGAAGGUGUCGCAGGAGCUCGAGAAGCUCCGACAACAGGUGCUUCUGCAAGAGGAGGCACUGCAGACGAUGCUCGAGAACGAGGAGACCAUCCGCGAAGAGAACUCGCGCAUUCAGAAAGAGGCCGACGACAAGCAGCAGGAGGGCAAGGAGAUGAUGACGAAGAAGUCAAGAAACUUCCCACUCUUGAUGCAAGCAGUGACUGCCACUUUUCGAAGUGUCAGUCAUUAGGAUCUGAUAGAGUAGGAGGGAGGCGCAUUCCGCCGAGCACUUUGUGAGUUUGCAAGCAGAAUAAAAACCAUAACAAUUGAAUGUUUCAGACGUGCACAGGUGUGUCAAUUCUCGCGUUACACGCACAAAUCGGCCUGUACGAGGAGGAGCGGGUAAAGCUGUACCAGAAAUUGGACGAGAAGAACGACGAGAUCCAGAAGGUGUCGCAGGAGCUCGAGAAGCUCCGACAGCAGGUGCUUCUGCAAGAGGAGGCACUGCAGACGAUGCUCGAGAACGAGGGAGACCAUCCGCGAAGAGAACUCGCGCAUUCAGAAAGAGGCCGACGACAAGCAGCAGGAGGGCAAGGAGAUGAUGACGAAGAAGUCAAGAAACUUCCCACUCUUGAUGCAAGCAGUGACUGCCACUUUUCGAAGUGUCAGUCAUUAGGAUCUGAUAGAGUAGGAGGGAGGCGCAUUCCGCCGAGCACUUUGUGAGUUUGCAAGCAGAAUAAAAAAACCAUAACAAUUGAAUGUUUCAGACGUGCACAGGUGUGUCAAUUCUCGCGUUACACGCACAAAUCGGCCUGUACGAGGAGGAGCGGGUAAAGCUGUACCAGCAAUUGGACGAGAAGAACGACGAGAUCCAGAAGGUGUCGCAGGAGCUCGAGAAGCUCCGACAGCAGGUGCUUCUGCAAGAGGAGGCACUGCAGACGAUGCUCGAGAACGAGGAGACCAUCCGCGAAGAGAACUCGCGCAUUCAGAAAGAGGCCGACGACAAGCAGCAGGAGGGCAAGGAGAUGAUGACGAAGAAGUCAAGAAACUUCCCACUCUUGAUGCAAGCAGUGACUGCCACUUUUCGAAGUGUCAGUCAUUAGGAUCUGAUAGAGUAGGAGGGAGGCGCAUUCCGCCGAGCACUUUGUGAGUUUGCAAGCAGAAUAAGAACCAUAACAAUUGAAUGUUUCAGACGUGCACAGGUGUGUCAAUUCUCGCGUUAUACGCACAAAUCGGCCUGUACGAGGAGGAGCGGGUAAAGCUGUACCAGAAAUUGGACGAGAAGGACGACGAGAUCCAGAAGGUGUCGCAGGAGCUCGAGAAGCUCCGACAGCAGGUGCUUCUGCAAGAGGAGGCACUGCAGACGAUGCUCGAGAACGAGGAGACCAUCCGCGAAGAGAACUCGCGCAUUCAGAAAGAGGCCGACGACAAGCAGCAGGAGGGCAAGGAGAUGAUGACGAAGAAGUCAAGAAACUUCCCACUCUUGAUGCAAGCAGUGACUGCCACUUUUCGAAGUGUCAGUCAUUAGGAUCUGAUAGAGUAGGAGGGAGGCGCAUUCCGCCGAGCACUUUGUGAGUUUGCAAGCAGAAUAAGAACCAUAACAAUUGAAUGUUUCAGACGUGCACAGGUGUGUCAAUUCUCGCGUUAUACGCACAAAUCGGCCUGUACGAGGAGGAGCGGGUAAAGCUGUACCAGAAAUUGGACGAGAAGGACGACGAGAUCCAGAAGGUGUCGCAGGAGCUCGAGAAGCUCCGACAGCAGGUGCUUCUGCAAGAGGAGGCACUGCAGACGAUGCUCGAGAACGAGGAGAUCAUCCGCGAAGAGAACUCGCGCAUUCAGAAAGAGGCCGACGACAAGCAGCAGGAGGGCAAGGAGAUGAUGACGAAGAAGUCAAGAAACUUCCCACUCUUGAUGCAAGCAGUGACUGCCACUUUUCGAAGUGUCAGUCAUUAGGGAUCUGAUAGAGUAGGAGGGAGGCGCAUUCCGCCGAGCACUUUGUGAGUUUGCAAGCAGAAUAAGAACCAUAACAAUUGAAUGUUUCAGACGUGCACAGGUGUGUCAAUUCUCGCGUUAUACGCACAAAUCGGCCUGUACGAGGAGGAGCGGGUAAAGCUGUACCAGAAAUUGGACGAGAAGAACGACGAGAUCCAGAAGGUGUCGCAGGAGCUCGAGAAGCUCCGACAGCAGGUGCUUCUGCAAGAGGAGGCACUGCAGACGAUGCUCGAGAACGAGGAGACCAUCCGCGAAGAGAACUCGCGCAUUCAGAAAGAGGCCGACGACAAGCAGCAGGAGGGCAAGGAGAUGAUGACGAAGAAGUCAAGAAACUUCCCACUCUUGAUGCAAGCAGUGACUGCCACUUUUCGAAGUGUCAGUCAUUAGGGAUCUGAUAGAGUAGGAGGGAGGCGCAUUCCGCCGAGCACUUUGUGAGUUUGCAAGCAGAAUAAAAACCAUAACAAUUGAAUGUUUCAGACGUGCACAGGUGUGUCAAUUCUCGCGUUACACGCACAAAUCGGCCUGUACGAGGAGGAGCGGGUAAAAGCUGUACCAGAAAUUGGACGAGAAGAACGACGAGAUCCAGAAGGUGUCGCAGGAGCUCGAGAAGCUCCGACAGCAGGUGCUUCUGCAAGAGGAGGCACUGCAGACGAUGCUCGAGAACGAGGAGACCAUCCGCGAAGAGAACUCGCGCAUUCAGAAAGAGGCCGACGACAAGCAGCAGGAGGGCAAGGAGAUGAUGACGAAGAAGUCAAGAAACUUCCCACUCUUGAUGCAAGCAGUGACUGCCACUUUUCGAAGUGUCAGUCAUUAGGAUCUGAUAGAGUAGGAGGGAGGCGCAUUCCGCCGAGCACUUUGUGAGUUUGCAAGCAGAAUAAGAACCAUAACAAUUGAAUGUUUCAGACGUGCACAGGUGUGUCAAUUCUCGCGUUAUACGCACAAAUCGGCCUGUACGAGGAGGAGCGGGUAAAGCUGUACCAGAAAUUGGACGAGAAGAACGACGAGAUCCAGAAGGUGUCGCAGGAGCUCGAGAAGCUCCGACAGCAGGUGCUUCUGCAAGAGGAGGCACUGCAGACGAUGCUCGAGAACGAGGGAGACCAUCCGCGAAGAGAACUCGCGCAUUCAGAAAGAGGCCGACGACAAGCAGCAGGAGGGCAAGGAGAUGAUGACGAAGAAGUCAAGAAACUUCCCACUCUUGAUGCAAGCAGUGACUGCCACUUUUCGAAGUGUCAGUCAUUAGGAUCUGAUAGAGUAGGAGGGAGGCGCAUUCCGCCGAGCACUUUGUGAGUUUGCAAGCAGAAUAAGAACCAUAACAAUUGAAUGUUUCAGACGUGCACAGGUGUGUCAAUUCUCGCGUUAUACGCACAAAUCGGCCUGUACGAGGAGGAGCGGGUAAAGCUGUACCAGAAAUUGGACGAGAAGGACGACGAGAUCCAGAAGGUGUCGCAGGAGCUCGAGAAGCUCCGACAGCAGGUGCUUCUGCAAGAGGAGGCACUGCAGACGAUGCUCGAGAACGAGGAGAUCAUCCGCGAAGAGAACUCGCGCAUUCAGAAAGAGGCCGACGACAAGCAGCAGGAGGGCAAGGAGAUGAUGACGAAGAAGUCAAGAAACUUCCCACUCUUGAUGCAAGCAGUGACUGCCACUUUUCGAAGUGUCAGUCAUUAGGAUCUGAUAGAGUAGGAGGGAGGCGCAUUCCGCCGAGCACUUUGUGAGUUUGCAAGCAGAAUAAAGAAACCAUAACAAUUGAAUGUUUCAGACGUGCACAGGUGUGUCAAUUCUCGCGUUAUACGCACAAAUCGGCCGGUACGAGGAGGAGCGGGUAAAGCUGUACCAGAAAUUGGACGAGAAGAACGACGAGAUCCAGAAGGUGUCGCAGGAGCUCGAGAAGCUCCGACAGCAGGUGCUUCUGCAAGAGGAGGCACUGCAGACGAUGCUCGAGAACGAGGAGACCAUCCGCGAAGAGAACUCGCGCAUUCAGAAAGAGGCCGACGACAAGCAGCAGGAGGGCAAGGAGAUGAUGACGAAGAAGUCAAGAAACUUCCCACUCUUGAUGCAAGCAGUGACUGCCACUUUUCGAAGUGUCAGUCAUUAGGAUCUGAUAGAGUAGGAGGGAGGCGCAUUCCGCCGAGCACUUUGUGAGUUUGCAAGCAGAAUAAAAACCAUAACAAUUGAAUGUUUCAGACGUGCACAGGUGUGUCAAUUCUCGCGUUACACGCACAAAUCGGCCUGUACGAGGAGGAGCGGGUAAAGCUGUACCAGAAAUUGGACGAGAAGAACGACGAGAUCCAGAAGGUGUCGCAGGAGCUCGAGAAGCUCCGACAGCAGGUGCUUCUGCAAGAGGAGGCACUGCAGACGAUGCUCGAGAACGAGGAGACCAUCCGCGAAGAGAACUCGCGCAUUCAGAAAGAGGCCGACGACAAGCAGCAGGAGGGCAAGGAGAUGAUGACGAAGAAGUCAAGAAACUUCCCACUCUUGAUGCAAGCAGUGACUGCCACUUUUCGAAGUGUCAGUCAUUAGGAUCUGAUAGAGUAGGAGGGAGGCGCAUUCCGCCGAGCACUUUGUGAGUUUGCAAGCAGAAUAAAGAAACCAUAACAAUUGAAUGUUUCAGACGUGCACAGGUGUGUCAAUUCUCGCGUUACACGCACAAAUCGGCCUGUACGAGGAGGAGCGGGUAAAGCUGUACCAGAAAUUGGACGAGAAGAACGACGAGAUCCAGAAGGUGUCGCAGGAGCUCGAGAAGCUCCGACAGCAGGUGCUUCUGCAAGAGGAGGCACUGCAGACGAUGCUCGAGAACGAGGAGACCAUCCGCGAAGAGAACUCGCGCAUUCAGAAAGAGGCCGACGACAAGCAGCAGGAGGGCAAGGAGAUGAUGACGAAGAAGUCAAGAAACUUCCCACUCUUGAUGCAAGCAGUGACUGCCACUUUUCGAAGUGUCAGUCAUUAGGAUCUGAUAGAGUAGGAGGGAGGCGCAUUCCGCCGAGCACUUUGUGAGUUUGCAAGCAGAAUAAGAACCAUAACAAUUGAAUGUUUCAGACGUGCACAGGUGUGUCAAUUCUCGCGUUAUACGCACAAAUCGGCCUGUACGAGGAGGAGCGGGUAAAAGCUGUACCAGAAAUUGGACGAGAAGGACGACGAGAUCCAGAAGGUGUCGCAGGAGCUCGAGAAGCUCCGACAGCAGGUGCUUCUGCAAGAGGAGGCACUGCAGACGAUGCUCGAGAACGAGGAGAUCAUCCGCGAAGAGAACUCGCGCAUUCAGAAAGAGGCCGACGACAAGCAGCAGGAGGGCAAGGAGAUGAUGACGAAGAAGUCAAGAAACUUCCCACUCUUGAUGCAAGCAGUGACUGCCACUUUUCGAAGUGUCAGUCAUUAGGGAUCUGAUAGAGUAGGAGGGAGGCGCAUUCCGCCGAGCACUUUGUGAGUUUGCAAGCAGAAUAAGAACCAUAACAAUUGAAUGUUUCAGACGUGCACAGGUGUGUCAAUUCUCGCGUUAUACGCACAAAUCGGCCUGUACGAGGAGGAGCGGGUAAAGCUGUACCAGAAAUUGGACGAGAAGAACGACGAGAUCCAGAAGGUGUCGCAGGAGCUCGAGAAGCUCCGACAGCAGGUGCUUCUGCAAGAGGAGGCACUGCAGACGAUGCUCGAGAACGAGGAGAUCAUCCGCGAAGAGAACUCGCGCAUUCAGAAAGAGGCCGACGACAAGCAGCAGGAGGGCAAGGAGAUGAUGACGAAGAAGUCAAGAAACUUCCCACUCUUGAUGCAAGCAGUGACUGCCACUUUUCGAAGUGUCAGUCAUUAGGAUCUGAUAGAGUAGGAGGGAGGCGCAUUCCGCCGAGCACUUUGUGAGUUUGCAAGCAGAAUAAAGAAACCAUAACAAUUGAAUGUUUCAGACGUGCACAGGUGUGUCAAUUCUCGCGUUACACGCACAAAUCGGCCUGUACGAGGAGGAGCGGGUAAAGCUGUACCAGAAAUUGGACGAGAAGAACGACGAGAUCCAGAAGGUGUCGCAGGAGCUCGAGAAGCUCCGACAGCAGGUGCUUCUGCAAGAGGAGGCACUGCAGACGAUGCUCGAGAACGAGGAGAUCAUCCGCGAAGAGAACUCGCGCAUUCAGAAAGAGGCCGACGACAAGCAGCAGGAGGGCAAGGAGAUGAUGACGAAGAAGUCAAGAAACUUCCCACUCUUGAUGCAAGCAGUGACUGCCACUUUUCGAAGUGUCAGUCAUUAGGAUCUGAUAGAGUAGGAGGGAGGCGCAUUCCGCCGAGCACUUUGUGAGUUUGCAAGCAGAAUAAGAACCAUAACAAUUGAAUGUUUCAGACGUGCACAGGUGUGUCAAUUCUCGCGUUACACGCACAAAUCGGCCUGUACGAGGAGGAGCGGGUAAAGCUGUACCAGAAAUUGGACGAGAAGAACGACGAGAUCCAGAAGGUGUCGCAGGAGCUCGAGAAGCUCCGACAACAGGUGCUUCUGCAAGAGGAGGCACUGCAGACGAUGCUCGAGAACGAGGAGAUCAUCCGCGAAGAGAACUCGCGCAUUCAGAAAGAGGCCGACGACAAGCAGCAGGAGGGCAAGGAGAUGAUGACGAAGAAGUCAAGAAACUUCCCACUCUUGAUGCAAGCAGUGACUGCCACUUUUCGAAGUGUCAGUCAUUAGGAUCUGAUAGAGUAGGAGGGAGGCGCAUUCCGCCGAGCACUUUGUGAGUUUGCAAGCAGAAUAAGAACCAUAACAAUUGAAUGUUUCAGACGUGCACAGGUGUGUCAAUUCUCGCGUUAUACGCACAAAUCGGCCUGUACGAGGAGGAGCGGGUAAAGCUGUACCAGCAAUUGGACGAGAAGAACGACGAGAUCCAGAAGGUGUCGCAGGAGCUCGAGAAGCUCCGACAACAGGUGCUUCUGCAAGAGGAGGCACUGCAGACGAUGCUCGAGAACGAGGAGAUCAUCCGCGAAGAGAACUCGCGCAUUCAGAAAGAGGCCGACGACAAGCAGCAGGAGGGCAAGGAGAUGAUGACGAAGAAGUCAAGAAACUUCCCACUCUUGAUGCAAGCAGUGACUGCCACUUUUCGAAGUGUCAGUCAUUAGGAUCUGAUAGAGUAGGAGGGAGGCGCAUUCCGCCGAGCACUUUGUGAGUUUGCAAGCAGAAUAAAGAAACCAUAACAAUUGAAUGUUUCAGACGUGCACAGGUGUGUCAAUUCUCGCGUUACACGCACAAAUCGGCCUGUACGAGGAGGAGCGGGUAAAGCUGUACCAGAAAUUGGACGAGAAGGACGACGAGAUCCAGAAGGUGUCGCAGGAGCUCGAGAAGCUCCGACAACAGGUGCUUCUGCAAGAGGAGGCACUGCAGACGAUGCUCGAGAACGAGGGAGAUCAUCCGCGAAGAGAACUCGCGCAUUCAGAAAGAGGCCGACGACAAGCAGCAGGAGGGCAAGGAGAUGAUGACGAAGAAGUCAAGAAACUUCCCACUCUUGAUGCAAGCAGUGACUGCCACUUUUCGAAGUGUCAGUCAUUAGGAUCUGAUAGAGUAGGAGGGAGGCGCAUUCCGCCGAGCACUUUGUGAGUUUGCAAGCAGAAUAAGAACCAUAACAAUUGAAUGUUUCAGACGUGCACAGGUGUGUCAAUUCUCGCGUUACACGCACAAAUCGGCCUGUACGAGGAGGAGCGGGUAAAGCUGUACCAGAAAUUGGACGAGAAGGACGACGAGAUCCAGAAGGUGUCGCAGGAGCUCGAGAAGCUCCGACAACAGGUGCUUCUGCAAGAGGAGGCACUGCAGACGAUGCUCGAGAACGAGGAGAUCAUCCGCGAAGAGAACUCGCGCAUUCAGAAAGAGGCCGACGACAAGCAGCAGGAGGGCAAGGAGAUGAUGACGAAGAAGUCAAGAAACUUCCCACUCUUGAUGCAAGCAGUGACUGCCACUUUUCGAAGUGUCAGUCAUUAGGAUCUGAUAGAGUAGGAGGGAGGCGCAUUCCGCCGAGCACUUUGUGAGUUUGCAAGCAGAAUAAGAACCAUAACAAUUGAAUGUUUCAGACGUGCACAGGUGUGUCAAUUCUCGCGUUAUACGCACAAAUCGGCCUGUACGAGGAGGAGCGGGUAAAGCUGUACCAGCAAUUGGACGAGAAGAACGACGAGAUCCAGAAGGUGUCGCAGGAGCUCGAGAAGCUCCGACAACAGGUGCUUCUGCAAGAGGAGGCACUGCAGACGAUGCUCGAGAACGAGGAGAUCAUCCGCGAAGAGAACUCGCGCAUUCAGAAAGAGGCCGACGACAAGCAGCAGGAGGGCAAGGAGAUGAUGACGAAGAAGUCAAGAAACUUCCCACUCUUGAUGCAAGCAGUGACUGCCACUUUUCGAAGUGUCAGUCAUUAGGAUCUGAUAGAGUAGGAGGGAGGCGCAUUCCGCCGAGCACUUUGUGAGUUUGCAAGCAGAAUAAGAACCAUAACAAUUGAAUGUUUCAGACGUGCACAGGUGUGUCAAUUCUCGCGUUACACGCACAAAUCGGCCUGUACGAGGAGGAGCGGGUAAAGCUGUACCAGCAAAUUGGACGAGAAGGACGACGAGAUCCAGAAGGUGUCGCAGGAGCUCGAGAAGCUCCGACAGCAGGUGCUUCUGCAAGAGGAGGCACUGCAGACGAUGCUCGAGAACGAGGAGAUCAUCCGCGAAGAGAACUCGCGCAUUCAGAAAGAGGCCGACGACAAGCAGCAGGAGGGCAAGGAGAUGAUGACGAAGAAGUCAAGAAACUUCCCACUCUUGAUGCAAGCAGUGACUGCCACUUUUCGAAGUGUCAGUCAUUAGGAUCUGAUAGAGUAGGAGGGAGGCGCAUUCCGCCGAGCACUUUGUGAGUUUGCAAGCAGAAUAAGAACCAUAACAAUUGAAUGUUUCAGACGUGCACAGGUGUGUCAAUUCUCGCGUUACACGCACAAAUCGGCCUGUACGAGGAGGAGCGGGUAAAAGCUGUACCAGAAAUUGGACGAGAAGGACGACGAGAUCCAGAAGGUGUCGCAGGAGCUCGAGAAGCUCCGACAACAGGUGCUUCUGCAAGAGGAGGCACUGCAGACGAUGCUCGAGAACGAGGAGAUCAUCCGCGAAGAGAACUCGCGCAUUCAGAAAGAGGCCGACGACAAGCAGCAGGAGGGCAAGGAGAUGAUGACGAAGAAGUCAAGAAACUUCCCACUCUUGAUGCAAGCAGUGACUGCCACUUUUCGAAGUGUCAGUCAUUAGGAUCUGAUAGAGUAGGAGGGAGGCGCAUUCCGCCGAGCACUUUGUGAGUUUGCAAGCAGAAUAAGAACCAUAACAAUUGAAUGUUUCAGACGUGCACAGGUGUGUCAAUUCUCGCGUUACACGCACAAAUCGGCCUGUACGAGGAGGAGCGGGUAAAGCUGUACCAGAAAUUGGACGAGAAGAACGACGAGAUCCAGAAGGUGUCGCAGGAGCUCGAGAAGCUCCGACAGCAGGUGCUUCUGCAAGAGGAGGCACUGCAGACGAUGCUCGAGAACGAGGGAGAUCAUCCGCGAAGAGAACUCGCGCAUUCAGAAAGAGGCCGACGACAAGCAGCAGGAGGGCAAGGAGAUGAUGACGAAGAAGUCAAGAAACUUCCCACUCUUGAUGCAAGCAGUGACUGCCACUUUUCGAAGUGUCAGUCAUUAGGAUCUGAUAGAGUAGGAGGGAGGCGCAUUCCGCCGAGCACUUUGUGAGUUUGCAAGCAGAAUAAGAAACCAUAACAAUUGAAUGUUUCAGACGUGCACAGGUGUGUCAAUUCUCGCGUUACACGCACAAAUCGGCCUGUACGAGGAGGAGCGGGUAAAGCUGUACCAGCAAUUGGACGAGAAGAACGACGAGAUCCAGAAGGUGUCGCAGGAGCUCGAGAAGCUCCGACAGCAGGUGCUUCUGCAAGAGGAGGCACUGCAGACGAUGCUCGAGAACGAGGAGACCAUCCGCGAAGAGAACUCGCGCAUUCAGAAAGAGGCCGACGACAAGCAGCAGGAGGGCAAGGAGAUGAUGACGAAGAAGUCAAGAAACUUCCCACUCUUGAUGCAAGCAGUGACUGCCACUUUUCGAAGUGUCAGUCAUUAGGAUCUGAUAGAGUAGGAGGGAGGCGCAUUCCGCCGAGCACUUUGUGAGUUUGCAAGCAGAAUAAAGAAACCAUAACAAUUGAAUGUUUCAGACGUGCACAGGUGUGUCAAUUCUCGCGUUACACGCACAAAUCGGCCUGUACGAGGAGGAGCGGGUAAAGCUGUACCAGCAAUUGGACGAGAAGAACGACGAGAUCCAGAAGGUGUCGCAGGAGCUCGAGAAGCUCCGACAGCAGGUGCUUCUGCAAGAGGAGGCACUGCAGACGAUGCUCGAGAACGAGGGAGACCAUCCGCGAAGAGAACUCGCGCAUUCAGAAAGAGGCCGACGACAAGCAGCAGGAGGGCAAGGAGAUGAUGACGAAGAAGUCAAGAAACUUCCCACUCUUGAUGCAAGCAGUGACUGCCACUUUUCGAAGUGUCAGUCAUUAGGAUCUGAUAGAGUAGGAGGGAGGCGCAUUCCGCCGAGCACUUUGUGAGUUUGCAAGCAGAAUAAAAACCAUAACAAUUGAAUGUUUCAGACGUGCACAGGUGUGUCAAUUCUCGCGUUACACGCACAAAUCGGCCUGUACGAGGAGGAGCGGGUAAAGCUGUACCAGCAAUUGGACGAGAAGAACGACGAGAUCCAGAAGGUGUCGCAGGAGCUCGAGAAGCUCCGACAGCAGGUGCUUCUGCAAGAGGAGGCACUGCAGACGAUGCUCGAGAACGAGGGAGACCAUCCGCGAAGAGAACUCGCGCAUUCAGAAAGAGGCCGACGACAAGCAGCAGGAGGGCAAGGAGAUGAUGACGAAGAAGUCAAGAAACUUCCCACUCUUGAUGCAAGCAGUGACUGCCACUUUUCGAAGUGUCAGUCAUUAGGAUCUGAUAGAGUAGGAGGGAGGCGCAUUCCGCCGAGCACUUUGUGAGUUUGCAAGCAGAAUAAAAACCAUAACAAUUGAAUGUUUCAGACGUGCACAGGUGUGUCAAUUCUCGCGUUACACGCACAAAUCGGCCUGUACGAGGAGGAGCGGGUAAAGCUGUACCAGCAAUUGGACGAGAAGAACGACGAGAUCCAGAAGGUGUCGCAGGAGCUCGAGAAGCUCCGACAGCAGGUGCUUCUGCAAGAGGAGGCACUGCAGACGAUGCUCGAGAACGAGGAGACCAUCCGCGAAGAGAACUCGCGCAUUCAGAAAGAGGCCGACGACAAGCAGCAGGAGGGCAAGGAGAUGAUGACGAAGAAGUCAAGAAACUUCCCACUCUUGAUGCAAGCAGUGACUGCCACUUUUCGAAGUGUCAGUCAUUAGGAUCUGAUAGAGUAGGAGGGAGGCGCAUUCCGCCGAGCACUUUGUGAGUUUGCAAGCAGAAUAAAAACCAUAACAAUUGAAUGUUUCAGACGUGCACAGGUGUGUCAAUUCUCGCGUUACACGCACAAAUCGGCCUGUACGAGGAGGAGCGGGUAAAGCUGUACCAGCAAUUGGACGAGAAGAACGACGAGAUCCAGAAGGUGUCGCAGGAGCUCGAGAAGCUCCGACAGCAGGUGCUUCUGCAAGAGGAGGCACUGCAGACGAUGCUCGAGAACGAGGAGAUCAUCCGCGAAGAGAACUCGCGCAUUCAGAAAGAGGCCGACGACAAGCAGCAGGAGGGCAAGGAGAUGAUGACGAAGAAGUCAAGAAACUUCCCACUCUUGAUGCAAGCAGUGACUGCCACUUUUCGAAGUGUCAGUCAUUAGGAUCUGAUAGAGUAGGAGGGAGGCGCAUUCCGCCGAGCACUUUGUGAGUUUGCAAGCAGAAUAAGAACCAUAACAAUUGAAUGUUUCAGACGUGCACAGGUGUGUCAAUUCUCGCGUUAUACGCACAAAUCAGCCUGUACGAGGAGGAGCGGGUAAAGCUGUACCAGAAAUUGGACGAGAAGGACGACGAGAUCCAGAAGGUGUCGCAGGAGCUCGAGAAGCUCCGACAGCAGGUGCUUCUGCAAGAGGAGGCACUGCAGACGAUGCUCGAGAACGAGGAGAUCAUCCGCGAAGAGAACUCGCGCAUUCAGAAAGAGGCCGACGACAAGCAGCAGGAGGGCAAGGAGAUGAUGACGAAGAAGUCAAGAAACUUCCCACUCUUGAUGCAAGCAGUGACUGCCACUUUUCGAAGUGUCAGUCAUUAGGAUCUGAUAGAGUAGGAGGGAGGCGCAUUCCGCCGAGCACUUUGUGAGUUUGCAAGCAGAAUAAGAACCAUAACAAUUGAAUGUUUCAGACGUGCACAGGUGUGUCAAUUCUCGCGUUAUACGCACAAAUCGGCCUGUACGAGGAGGAGCGGGUAAAGCUGUACCAGCAAUUGGACGAGAAGAACGACGAGAUCCAGAAGGUGUCGCAGGAGCUCGAGAAGCUCCGACAGCAGGUGCUUCUGCAAGAGGAGGCACUGCAGACGAUGCUCGAGAACGAGGAGAUCAUCCGCGAAGAGAACUCGCGCAUUCAGAAAGAGGCCGACGACAAGCAGCAGGAGGGCAAGGAGAUGAUGACGAAGAAGUCAAGAAACUUCCCACUCUUGAUGCAAGCAGUGACUGCCACUUUUCGAAGUGUCAGUCAUUAGGAUCUGAUAGAGUAGGAGGGAGGCGCAUUCCGCCGAGCACUUUGUGAGUUUGCAAGCAGAAUAAGAACCAUAACAAUUGAAUGUUUCAGACGUGCACAGGUGUGUCAAUUCUCGCGUUAUACGCACAAAUCGGCCUGUACGAGGAGGAGCGGGUAAAGCUGUACCAGCAAUUGGACGAGAAGAACGACGAGAUCCAGAAGGUGUCGCAGGAGCUCGAGAAGCUCCGACAGCAGGUGCUUCUGCAAGAGGAGGCACUGCAGACGAUGCUCGAGAACGAGGAGAUCAUCCGCGAAGAGAACUCGCGCAUUCAGAAAGAGGCCGACGACAAGCAGCAGGAGGGCAAGGAGAUGAUGACGAAGAAGUCAAGAAACUUCCCACUCUUGAUGCAAGCAGUGACUGCCACUUUUCGAAGUGUCAGUCAUUAGGAUCUGAUAGAGUAGGAGGGAGGCGCAUUCCGCCGAGCACUUUGUGAGUUUGCAAGCAGAAUAAGAACCAUAACAAUUGAAUGUUUCAGACGUGCACAGGUGUGUCAAUUCUCGCGUUAUACGCACAAAUCGGCCUGUACGAGGAGGAGCGGGUAAAGCUGUACCAGCAAUUGGACGAGAAGAACGACGAGAUCCAGAAGGUGUCGCAGGAGCUCGAGAAGCUCCGACAGCAGGUGCUUCUGCAAGAGGAGGCACUGCAGACGAUGCUCGAGAACGAGGAGAUCAUCCGCGAAGAGAACUCGCGCAUUCAGAAAGAGGCCGACGACAAGCAGCAGGAGGGCAAGGAGAUGAUGACGAAGAAGUCAAGAAACUUCCCACUCUUGAUGCAAGCAGUGACUGCCACUUUUCGAAGUGUCAGUCAUUAGGAUCUGAUAGAGUAGGAGGGAGGCGCAUUCCGCCGAGCACUUUGUGAGUUUGCAAGCAGAAUAAGAACCAUAACAAUUGAAUGUUUCAGACGUGCACAGGUGUGUCAAUUCUCGCGUUAUACGCACAAAUCGGCCUGUACGAGGAGGAGCGGGUAAAGCUGUACCAGAAAUUGGACGAGAAGGACGACGAGAUCCAGAAGGUGUCGCAGGAGCUCGAGAAGCUCCGACAGCAGGUGCUUCUGCAAGAGGAGGCACUGCAGACGAUGCUCGAGAACGAGGAGACCAUCCGCGAAGAGAACUCGCGCAUUCAGAAAGAGGCCGACGACAAGCAGCAGGAGGGCAAGGAGAUGAUGACGAAGAAGUCAAGAAACUUCCCACUCUUGAUGCUAGCAGUGACUGCCACUUUUCGAAGUGUCAGUCAUUAGGAUCUGAUAGAGUAGGAGGGAGGCGCAUUCCGCCGAGCACUUUGUGAGUUUGCAAGCAGAAUAAAAACCAUAACAAUUGAAUGUUUCAGACGUGCACAGGUGUGUCAAUUCUCGCGUUAUACGCACAAAUCGGCCUGUACGAGGAGGAGCGGGUAAAGCUGUACCAGAAAUUGGACGAGAAGGACGACGAGAUCCAAAACGUGUCGCAGGAGCUCGAGAAGCUCCGACAGCAGGUGCUUCUGCAAGAGGAGGCACUGCAGACGAUGCUCGAGAACGAGGAGACCAUCCGCGAAGAGAACUCGCGCAUUCAGAAAGAGGCCGACGACAAGCAGCAGGAGGGCAAGGAGAUGAUGACGAAGAAGUCAAGAAACUUCCCACUCUUGAUGCAAGCAGUGACUGCCACUUUUCGAAGUGUCAGUCAUUAGGAUCUGAUAGAGUAGGAGGGAGGCGCAUUCCGCCGAGCACUUUGUGAGUUUGCAAGCAGAAUAAGAACCAUAACAAUUGAAUGUUUCAGACGUGCACAGGUGUGUCAAUUCUCGCGUUACACGCACAAAUCGGCCUGUACGAGGAGGAGCGGGUAAAGCUGUACCAGAAAUUGGACGAGAAGAACGACGAGAUCCAGAAGGUGUCGCAGGAGCUCGAGAAGCUCCGACAACAGGUGCUUCUGCAAGAGGAGGCACUGCAGACGAUGCUCGAGAACGAGGAGAUCAUCCGCGAAGAGAACUCGCGCAUUCAGAAAGAGGCCGACGACAAGCAGCAGGAGGGCAAGGAGAUGAUGACGAAGAACAGGGCGAAGAACAGUCAAGAAACUUCCCACUCUUGAUGCAAGCAGUGACUGCCACUUUUCGAAGUGUCAGUCAUUAGGAUCUGAUAGAGUAGGAGGGAGGCGCAUUCCGCCGAGCACUUUGUGAGUUUGCAAGCAGAAUAAGAAUCAUAACAAUUGAAUGUUUCAGACGUGCACAGGUGUGUCAAUUCUGGCGUUACACGCACAAAUCGGCCUGUACGAGGAGGAGCGGGUAAAGCUGUACUAGAAAUUGGACGAGAAGGACGACGAGAUCCAGAAGGUGUCGCAGGAGCUCGAGAAGCUCCGACAACAGGUGCUUCUGCAAGAGGAGGCACUGCAGACGAUGCUCGAGAACGAGGAGAUCAUCCGCGAAGAGAACUCGCGCAUUCAGAAAGAGGCCGACGACAAGCAGCAGGAGGGCAAGGAGAUGAUGACGAAGAAGUCAAGAAACUUCCCACUCUUGAUGCUAGCAGUGACUGCCACUUUUCGAAGUGUCAGUCAUUAG